AUGGUUGAAGCCACAGCCAACCCUUUUGAUCAGCUUUCAAUUAUAUUUCCAUCCUCUGACAGCACAGAUUCCUUAUUGAAUUAUGUGGUAGAUGAAUAUAACAUGAACCACUCCCAUAAGAUAUUCUCUCCAAUUGAUAUUUCACUACUUGUUCCACAUUCCCCUGCAGCCGUUUUGUCAGAUGAAUUUAUCGACUAUCCGUCUGGUCAUCUCCUCCAUCAGUCUGUGGAUUAUGAUCUGGAGGAGAUGGAACCAUUUAAGAGUACCCAGAUGGAGAACAUUACAAGAUGGCUGGAUGAGGAGGAUGAUGAGGAGGAAAGCUUAAUAUCGUUUGUUAAUCAUCAUCGUCAAGAUCUCUUUUAUCUUGAUCAAGAUGUUAGCGAAUGCAAGUUUGAUGAGCUCAUGCAUUCAGAUGAAGCUUCCAUGGAGUUUGAUGAACAGUUUUUAAUUUUGCCAACGAAGGAGAUGGAAAUUGAUAAGCAAUUGAGUGUAAAGCAUCUAGAAGGAGCUUUUGCGGAGGCCAUGGAGAAGGAGCAGGGAGAACUUGCAGAGGUGAUACGUCGUCGCAUAAAUGAGAAAUUGAGUCCCGUAGGAGAUAUUGAGGAACGUGUGAUGUACUACUGGUUUCAGGGAGUCGAGGAAAAGCAAAUAGAUUACAUCAAGCAAGAAUCUAACAAGAUCUUUGGAGCGGCAUUGGAGACAUUCUAUCAGAUAUUUCCUUACGGGAUGUUUGCGCACUUGGCAGCAAACUCAGCAAUAGUGGAAUCCAUGCCGUGUGGUGCAGAGGUGCUGCACAUAAUUGAUUUCGAUGUGGGACAAGGGGUACAGUGGUGUUCGUUAAUGGCGACUCUUGCUCAUCAACAUCAACAAAAACUAAAGAUGAUUACAUUGAGAAUAACAUCAAUUAAGUGGGAGGACGAGGAGAAGUGGAGAUUUGUGGAAACAAAAAGGAGGCUUUGUGAUUAUGCAAUGGAGAUUGGUGUCAAAUUGAUAGUAGAGGAUCAGGUGGAGCUUCAAGAGAUGGUGAUAAACAGGUUAAAAAACAGAGGAUAUUGUAAAAGAGAAUGGUUAGGAUUCAAUUGCAUGUGGGGAAUUCCACACAUGGGAAGGAGGAGAAGAAGAAGAGAUGUUAGAGAAUUUAUAAGUGGGGCAAAAGAGAUUUUAGGCUGGGGGAUAUCAUUAGGAGGAAUCAUAAGCUUUGGAGAUGGAGAAUCAAGUGUAAAUUCUCAGAAUCAAUUAAUGGGUAAUAAUGGGUUUGGUUCAUUUUAUAACAGAUAUAGGGAUCAUUAUAAAGCAUUGUUAGAAUCAAUGGAGUGGAGCUUUUUCCCUAAUCAUCUUCAUCUUUCAGAAGCAAGAGUAGCCAUGGAAUCUCUGUUUGCAGCACCUUUUCUUUCUCCCCAUUCUUGGAUCAAACUCUGGGAAGAGAUGAAACAAGAUCAAAAACAAGGAGCUGGAUUUUCUUUUAAUAAUUUUGAAGCCUCCUUUGGGUUACAAGGAAGGAGAGUGAGGGAAGAAAGCUUGAUUGAAGCAAAGGAAAUGGUGGGAGAUGAUCAUCAAGGGAAGACUCCAUACAAAGUCAGAAUUCAAGGACUCAAUGCCCAUCAAAUGGUCUUGGAAUCGAAAGGAACUCCCUUAAUCACAGUCUCCACGUGGCAAUAA